CUGUGUUUCAUUAUUAGGUAUGCUUCCCAGUGACUCAUUUGCUCCCAUGGCUGUUGCAUCUCAGGAGUGGUCUGUGGAAGCCUCAAACUCUCCAUACUCAGAAUCCUUGGUUUCUCCAGAAGGUAGUAUAGAAACCCUACAGCCGGCAGCAGAGCGAUCCAAGGAAGUAGAAGUGGAAUCAGUACAAGAGCAGCUGCCAAAUAAAGCAUUGGAAAUGAUGGCCGAAGAGAGGACUGCUGAUGUGGUGCCAUCUAGAAAAACAGAGGUACCUUCAUCCACAGACACGACACCAGGCACAGGCCCCGAAGUGGCAUUUGCUAAAGAUACAGAAGAGACCAGGAAACCAGAUGUGAUGCUGUCAGAUGUCAUGCAGCCAUCCAGUGAAUCCGAUCUGUUCCUGGCUGAGGACGUGGAAGGACAUGUAGGAACAGAGGUGGCCCCUGUUAAGGAUGUCAUAUUGCCGACAGAAGAUGUAUCUUUGACCAAGGAUAUGGCAUUUCCUACAGAAAUUGAAAUGGUCCCAGGCAAGGAUGUGACACUGCCCAAAGAAACAGAGCUCACGUUUGCAGUAAAAAUGGACUUGGUACCACCUGAGGAUAUGGUACUUCCCAAAGAAACAGAGCUAGCCCCGGUCAGUGUCAUGGUUUCCUCCUCAGCAAUAGAAGCGGCACUGGCAAAGGAUGCUGAGUCCUCUGCGGAAAUACCUUCAGCUGAGGAGAUGGACUUGUCCUCAGAAACAGAGGUGGGCUUGGCAAGGGACUUGGCACUGCCCUCAGACACCCUGAUGAUCUUGACAAAGGAUGUAACAUUGCCCUUAGAAACAGAGGGAUCUCUGGCCGAGAGUGUGACUCCAUCUCUGGAAAGUGAAAUGACCCUGGAUAAGGAUAUGGCUCCACCCCCUGAAGCAAAAUUGGACAUGGUCAGCGAAAUGACUCCACUCCCAGAAUCAGAAGUGUCUCUGGGCAAGGAAGUGGUUAUACUUUCAGAAACAAAGGUGACUGAGAUCAACAAUUCGACCCCUCUUUCAGAAAAAGAGGUGGCCUCAAUCAAGGACAUUUCUCUGCCUCCAGAAACAGAGGCUCCCCUGGCUGAGGAUGCUGUUCUGCCCUUAGGAACAGGGUUGACCCUGGACAACAACGUGACUCCAGCCAAGGAUGUUGCACUACUCUCGGAAACAGAAGUAGCAGCAGCUCAAAUUAAAGACAAGGAAAAUGCACAGACCCAAGAACUAAGUAAAGACUCCCAGUUAGAAUCUGUCCAGCACAAGGGGCAGUCAGCAGUACCUCCUUGCAUGAUUCUACCAGAACCAGUCAAAGCUGCAGACCAAAAGUCUAACUUGCCAGUAGAUGAAGGUGCUCUGUUAGAGAACUUAAAGCAGAAGGAAACCUCCGGCAGUCAGUCUUCUGAACUUUCUUCAGGAAUAACCAGGCAAGAAGAAGGAAAGGCUGCUGUGGGUGUGACAGGAAAUGACAUCACUACCCCACCAAACAAGGAGCUACCACCAAGCCCAGAAAAGAAAGCAAAGCCUUUGGUCACCACUCAACCUGCCAAGACUUCAACAUCGAAAGCCAAAACACAGCCCACUUCUCUCCCUAAGCAACCAGCUCCCACCACUUCUGGGGGGUUGAAUAAAAAACCCAUGAGCCUGGCUUCAGGCUCCGUACCAGCUGCCCCACCCAAACGCCCUGCUGCUGCCACUGCUACUGCCAGGCCUUCCACCCUACCUGGAAGAGACGUGAAACCAAAGCCAGUUACGGAGGCUAAGAUUUCUGAAAAGCGGACCUCACCUUCCAAGCCUGCAUCCACCCCAGCCCUCAGACCUGGACCUAAAACCACACCAACUGUCUCAAAAGCCACAUCUCCCUCAACUCUUGUUUCCACUGGGCCAAGCAGUAGAAGUCCUGCCACACCUCUGCCUAAGAGGCCCAUCUCCACUAAAACAGAGGGAAAACCUGCUGAUGUCAAAAGGAUGACUGCCAAGUCUGCACCAGCUGACUUGAGUCGCUCAAAGACCACCUCUACCAGUUCUGUGAAGAGAAACACCACUCCCACUGGGCCAGCACCCCCAGGAGGGACGACUUCCACCCGAGUCAAGCCCACAUCUGUACCUUCCCGGUCUUCUGUGGCAGUUUCUGUGGACAAGAAGCCCACCUCGGCUAAGCCUAGUUCUUCUGCUCCCAGGCUGAGCCGCCUGACCACCACUGCCUCUGCCCCUGAUCUGAAGAAUGUUCGCUCCAAGAUUGGCUCUACAGAAAAUAUCAAGCACCAGCCUGGAGGAGGCCGGGCCAAAAUAGAGAAAAAAACAGAGGCAGCUGCCACAUCUGGGAAGCCUGAACCUAACGCAGUCACUAAAGCAGCUGGCUCCAUUGCGAGUGCACAGAGACCAUCUGCUGGGAAAGUCCAGAUAGUCUCCAAAAAAGUGAGCUACAGCCAUAUUCAAUCCAAGUGUGGUUCCAAGGACAAUAUUAAGCAUGUCCCUGGAGGUGGCAAUGUUCAGAUUCAGAAUAAGAAAGUGGACAUCUCCAAGGUAUCCUCAAAGUGUGGGUCCAAAGCUAAUAUCAAGCACAAGCCUGGAGGAGGAGAUGUCAAGAUUGAAAGUCAGAAGUUGAACUUCAAGGAGAAGGCCCAGGCCAAAGUUGGAUCCCUUGAUAAUGUGGGCCACCUGCCUGCAGGAGGUGCCGUGAAGACUGAGGGCGGUGGCAGUGAGGCCCCUCCGUGUCCGGGUCCCCCUGCUGGGGAGGAGCCGGCCAUCCCUGAGGCUGCGCUUGAUGGUGGCGCCCCUACUUCAGCCAGUGGCCUCAGUGGCCACACCACCCUGUCAGGGGGUGGUGACCAAAGGGAGCCCCAGACCUUGGACAGCCAGAUCCAGGAGACAAGCAUCUAACGAUGACAUUCUGGUCUCGUCUUCCAUCUCCCCGUGUUCCCCUUCUUGUCUCCCCCUUGUUGCCCUCUCCCGUCCCUCCUCACGUGUCCCUGCAGAUUGAGACCUACAGGCUGACGUUCCGGGCAAAUGCCAGGGCCCGCACCGACCAUGGGGCCGACAUUGUCUCCCGGCCUCCCCACUUCCCUGGCUGCCCAAGCUUGGGGGCCCGGGCCCUGGGCUCCCUUUCCCGGGCUGUCUACUAGACGUGUGAGCUCUUGGGGGCUGGGCAGUCCUUUAGGCCUCUUUCCCUCCUGCCUAGCUUGCUCAAGGCGGCAGCAGCCUCUGCUGCCUUCCCCUCCUUCCCCCCUCUUCCGGGCCAGCUCCAACUUCCCAUCCCACCACUGCUCCAUGGAGAGGGUUGGGGCGGCGAUGGGAGUCUAAUGGGAUCUCUGUGGGAUCUAGGGGUGGGGUGCUGGAUUCCAAGAAACUGACAAACCCUCCCUCUCUUCCCUGGUUCAACCUGGAGGGACUAGUAGAGGUGAACUCCAGGUUGUGACCAGCACUGACCGAAUCCCCUGGAACCUAAACCACUGCCUCUCCUUGACCCCACAGAGGAAGCCACCCUGUAGGUUAUUGUAUCAGGCCCUUUGGCUGCCCUGCUUCAAGUUAAUCAGGGGUCCGCUGCCCUUGUCCCCACUGCUUAUACCUAAAUAGCUGCUGUCUCACUUUUCUUUUUUCUUGUUUUAGUCUUUUUUUUCCCCUUCCAGUAACCCAUGAACUGGUAGUAUAGUUUGCAGGUUGAAGCCAUGUCUAAAGAGAGUUCUCAGUAGGUGAUGGAGGAAGCAAGGGGGAGGUCCUGAGUCUCCACUGAGGAGGCUGUCAGUUUUGGGGGGCUGCCCCACUGUGGGCCGCUUGGGGCCCAGUGGGAAGAAAGUGAGAAGUGGGGCUGCUGCCUAGUCAGCAGUCGGACAGCGAGGGCGGGCCAGUGGGACUGGCUGUGCUGGCAUUGUGUAUGCUGCUUUCUUUUUCUAACCAAGAGGCUGGUUUUGGCAUCUGUCUCCUUCCCUGGGAACUGGUGGUCAACGUGUGAUAGAAAACCAGGCCUGGAGAAACAGAAAUGAUGGUCAGAGUCCCUGACCUGCACUUGCAGGCCAAGGCACCCAAACCCUCAUGUCCAGGGGAGCCUGAGCUGUCCAGAAUGCAUGUGAACAGUGAGGAAUCAGGUGUGGAAAUUUCAAACUAAAAUGCAUGAGACCUGGUGUGACUGGAGAGGAGCAGGAGAGGCCAGGCCCUUCGUGAUGGUGCAGCCAUCCCAGCGUAGUCUGUUUAUGGGUGGGAUGGCUGCAAUGCUGAGAUAUCCUGGGAAUUAUAUCAACACAAGUUUCUUAUUGCACUUGUAUUUUUUGUAUUAAAGUUUGCAUGGUUUCUAAUAAAGGAUUCAAACCUAA